AUGUCGUUUCUUCAAAAUUUCCCUGGACAGACCAUAAGAUCCACAAGAGGUUUCAAGUGGAAUACGACCCGGGCGCCGUUCCAUCAGGAUGGUCAGUCAAGCCCAACGCUUGGCGAGAAUGGUCCUCCAAUGUUCCAAACACCGCAGAAGGCUAACAAUCAAGCAAUCACCGACUACAAUUACACGCCGUCACAUCAGAAGCCUUAUCUGGAUGCAUCGCAAGGAACCACUGUUUCUUCUCAUAAAGACCUCAAGGAAAUCGUAGAGACCACUCUGGGUUCACAGGGCGUCUUAAAUCAGGCUGUCAAGCUGCCAAAGGGAGAAGAUGUCAGCGAGUGGAUUGCCGUGCAUUGUGUGGAUUUCUACAACCAGAUCAACAUGUUCUACGGAGCAAUUACAGAAUUCUGUUCUCCAGAAUCUUGUCCUCGCAUGAUAGCCACAAACGAGUAUGAAUAUUUGUGGUACGUCAAGCCGGGAUCACCGCCUUUAUCGGUCUCGGCUCCCAAAUACGUUGAGUACCUCAUGAAAUGGUGCCAGGACCAAUUCGACGACGAGACUGUCUUCCCUUCAAAGCCCAAUGUCCCAUUUGCCUCAAAUUUUGUCGAGUCCAAUGCAAGGCCUAUACUGAAGAGGUUAUUCAGAAUUUACGCCCACAUUUACUGCCAUCAUUUUAACGAGAUUUUGGAGCUCAACUUACAGACUGUGCUGAAUACAAGUUUUAGGCACUUUUGUUUGUUCACACAGGAAUUUCAGCUCCUCAGGAAACAAGAUUACGGACCGCUGCUUGAACUCGUCCAGGAAUUAAAGGACAGGUAA